AAAACAAGGCCGUUUUGGAUCACAAGAGGAGGAUGUAAUACUAGAUGUGAAUAUGAUACAAGAAUUGCCACAAGACGGAAUUGCAAAAGAAGAUAUGUUACAAGUUGAACCUAUGAAAGAAGUUACUAUAACACAAGAAAAGACUGUUGAA